AUCUGUUUUUUGCCUUUUUCCAGUUUUUUCUUCUCACUCUCUCAACCGGCAAGAAGAACCAGACAAAUUCGGAUCGGGGUCCGAUAAACCGGCGCCUUUUCUGAUCUAGGGUUUUCCCGUUCCUUCCAUUUCUAUUUCCUUUCCACAUUCCAUUUUGUUCUUGUUUUUCUUCUCCUCUCAGUUGCUGCGAUUUGGAGAUCCCACUCGUGUCUCCUGUCUUGGCUCGAGAUCCGGGCCAAGCACAGAAGAAUACCACUCCUCCAAGUGUUUUCUUUCGGUUCAUUGCAUCCUCCCAGUGCUCGCCGAUAGCAAAAAUGGCUUCAAAUGAAGGAUUUCUGACUGAAGAGCAGCGGGAAGUGCUGAAAAUAGCUAGUCAGAAUGUGGAUGUUUUGUCAUCCUCUCCAAAAUCUCCCAGAGGUUCAUUUCCUGAAUAUCAUAUAAAAGCCCCUGCUGGUGGCAAGGUUUCGGCACCUGGAGUUGGUGUGAAGCACGUGCGUAGAUCUCACUCUGGGAAGUAUAUUAGGGUGAAAAAGGAUGGGGCUGGUGGUAAGGGCACCUGGGGUAAAUUGCUUGACACUGACGGUGAUUCUCAUAUCGACAGAAAUGAUCCUAACUAUGACAGUGGCGAGGAGCCAUAUCAACUUGUUGGGUCGACUGUAUCAGACCCCUUGGAUGAUUAUAAGAAAUCUGUUGUAUCCAUUAUAGAAGAAUACUUUAGUACUGGUGAUGUGGAAUUGGCAGCAUCUGAUCUUGGAGAUCUAGGCUCAAGUGACUAUCAUCCUUACUUCAUUAAACGGCUGGUAUCUAUGGCAAUGGACAGACAUGAUAAGGAGAAGGAAAUGGCUUCAGUUCUGCUUUCAGCUUUGUAUGCCGAUGUUAUCAGUCCUGCCCAUAUAAGAGAUGGAUUUUUUAUGUUACUAGAAUCUGCUGAUGAUCUUGCUGUUGAUAUAUUGGACGCAGUUGAUAUCCUUGCUUUGUUCUUAGCUCGUGCUGUAGUUGAUGACAUACUUCCCCCAGCAUUUCUAGCCAGGGCAAGGAAGGCAUUGCCGGAAUCAUCUAAAGGAACUCAAGCUAUCCAGACUGCUGAGAAAAGCUAUCUCUCGGCUCCACACCAUGCAGAGCUUGUGGAGAAAAAAUGGGGAGGCAGCACACACUUUACAGUUGAGGAGGUGAAGAAAAAGAUUGCUUAUCUCUUAAGGGAAUAUGUUGAGAAUGGAGAUACUUUUGAGGCUUGCAGAUGUAUAAGACAGUUAGGUGUUUCAUUCUUUCAUCAUGAGGUUGUGAAGAGGGCUUUGACUCUUGCCAUGGAAAUCCGAACAGCAGAACCCCUGAUACUGAAGCUUCUGAAGGAAGCUGCUGAGGAAGGUCUGAUAAGCUCAAGUCAAAUGAUUAAGGGAUUUUCUCGGUUGGCCGAGAGCCUUGAUGACCUUGCUCUUGACAUACCAUCAGCAAAAUCUUUGUUUGAAUCCUUGAUCCCAAGGGCCAUAACUGAAGGAUGGCUUGAUGCUUCCUUUAUGAAAUCUUCAGAUGAAGAUGUGGAUGUUGGAUCUAAAGAUGAAAAAUUGAGGCACUACAAGGAAGAGGUUGUAACUAUAAUUCAUGAAUAUUUUCUUUCUGAUGACAUUCCUGAAUUAAUACGAAGCCUAGAAGAUCUUGGUACACCCGAGUAUAAUCCAAUCUUUUUGAAGAAACUUAUUACACUUGCAAUGGAUAGGAAAAACAGAGAAAAAGAAAUGGCAUCAGUUCUCCUUUCAGCUCUUCACAUUGAGAUAUUUUCUACGGAGGAUAUAGUAAAUGGUUAUGUGAUGCUACUAGAGUCUGCAGAAGAUACAGCGCUAGACAUCUUGGAUGCAUCAAAUGAGCUUGCUCUCUUUCUGGCCAGAGCUGUGAUCGACGAUGUCUUGGCUCCACUGAAUCUGGAGGAUAUUGCUGGCAGGUUGAUCCCAAAUUGCACUGGAAGUGAGACUGUCCGAAUGGCCCGGUCAUUGAUUGCAGCUCGCCAUGCUGGUGAGAGGCUUUUGAGAUGCUGGGGUGGUGGAACUGGCUGGGCAGUGGAGGAUGCAAAGGACAAGAUUCAAAAGCUCUUAGAGGAGUACGAAAGCGGAGGUGUCGUGAGUGAAGCUUGCCAGUGCAUCCGCGAUCUAGGUAUGCCUUUCUUCAACCACGAGGUUGUGAAGAAGGCAUUGGUUAUGGCCAUGGAGAAGAAGAAUGACAGGAUUCUAGAUCUGCUGCAGGAAUGCUUCAAUGUCGGCCUGAUCACCAUCAACCAGAUGACUAAAGGCUUCUCUAGGAUCAAAGACAGCCUCGACGAUCUUGCACUCGACAUUCCAAAUGCAAGCAAGAAGUUUACAUCCUAUGUCGAGCACGCCCAGAAGAAAGGAUGGCUCUUACCAUCCUUCGGAUCUUCUGCUGCUGCAGAUUCUUCCGUUCUCUUGGCUGUAGCUUCCUGAGGGAAAAAGAAAAAGAAACAGAGUGUUAGAUUGUUUAUCUCAUGCAUGUUGUUGCCUCAUUAAAUCUCUCUACUCCGUCUCGAAGCGUGCUGCUUUGCUAAUCUCAAGAGGUAGUAGCAGUAGAUCAGAUAAAUGAUGGGGUCUUUUUGCUUCCUUCCUCCUCCUCAUGAUGAUGGUUUUUUUCUUUAGGAGAUGAUAUGCCUUUGUAUAAAUCUUGGUUUCUGUUUUUUCCUUUCUUUUUCUCCUCUUCAGAUUUUUAGGUAAAAAUGUUGUGAUAAUGUCAUGUUUAGACAGGAUCUUUUAUAUCUCAUAAUAUGCUACUGCUUCGCACAACAUGGAAAAGGGUUGGUGGACAGUACUUUUCACUAAUCACUACUAAUUUUUCUCCA